AUGCUGACCAGUUCCGUCGGGCGACAGGGCGACAGAGAUGGAUAUCACCAUGAUCGGCCUACAGAAUGCUGGGAAAACGUCGCUGCUGAGAGUAUUAGCGGGCGGAGAGUUCACCCUCGAGUAUGUUCUCUCUCCAACCAGAAGCGCUGUGCUGGCGUCCCCGCUCGCUCACUAUGUCCUAUCAGCCGACAGAGAGAUCCACCGCUAACCAUGAUCUUCCUUCAUAGUUCGAUUCCGACCGUUGGAUUCAAUAUGAAGCGCGUACAGAAGGGCCAUGUGACGCUGAAAUGCUGGGAUCUCGGCGGGCAACCACGGUUUCGGUCCAUGUGGGAGCGGUACUGCCGGGGCGUAAAUGCCAUCGUAUUCAUCGUCGACUCGGCAGACAGGGAAGCUCUACCGGUCGCAAAGGAUGAGCUCCACCUCCUCUUCGAGAAACCUGUUCUCGAAGGCAUCCCGCUGCUGGUUCUCGGGAAUAAAUCCGAUCUCGAUGAGAAGCUCUCGGUGGACGAGUUGAUCGACGCGCUAGACCUGAAGAGCAUCUCGCAUCGUGAGGUGAGCUGCUACGGCAUAAGCGCAAAAGAGGAGACGAACCUGGACGCCGUUUUGCAAUGGCUUGUUGCUCGCGCCAGCAAGUAG